AUGCCUAAGAACAGCAAGGUGAUACAGCGUGAGCAGAGCCAUGAACAUGUCACAGAGUCUGUGGCUGACCUGCUCGCCCACGAGGAGCCUCUUGAUUAUAAGAGCAGCUCCCUGAAUGUGGGAGCAGCUGUGGGAAAGAAGGUCCCUGGGAUAGAAGUGCCUGAGAAUGAUGGCCGGCCAGCGUGGAACAGCAAGCUGCAGUACAUCCUGGCCCAGGUGGGCUUCUCUGUGGGCCUCGGAAAUGUCUGGCGCUUCCCAUACCUUUGCCAAAAGAACGGAGGAGGUGCAUAUUUGGUUCCUUAUUUCAUCCUCCUCCUCAUCAUCGGUAUCCCGCUCUUCUUCCUGGAGCUGGCUGUGGGUCAGAAGAUCAGACGUGGGAGUAUCGGAGUUUGGAAUUACGUCUGUCCCCGGCUGGGUGGAAUAGGGAUGUCAAGUCUGAUGGUAUGUGGCUUUGUGGGUCUCUACUACAACGUCAUCAUUGGUUGGAGUAUCUUCUACUUUUUCCAGUCCUUCCAGUAUCCUCUGCCAUGGAGUGACUGUCCAAUUAGAAAGAAUGGGACAAUUGCCAUUGUGGAGCCAGAGUGCGAUAAAAGCUCUGCAACAACAUAUUUCUGGUACCGGCAGACUCUGAACACAACCAGCACCAUUGCAGAGAGUGGUGGUCUCAACAUCAAAAUGACCUUAUCUCUGCUAGUGGCCUGGAUAAUUGUCUGCCUUGCUGUCAUUAAAGGGAUUGCCUCAUCUGGGAAGGUGAUGUACUUCAGCUCCCUUUUCCCUUACGUGGUGCUCGUAUGCUUCCUGGUCAGAGGUUUAAUGCUGAAAGGAUCGGUCGACGGGAUCGCUCAUAUGUUUACUCCAAAGCUGGAGAAGAUGCUAGAGCCGCAGGUUUGGAGGGAAGCAGCCACUCAAGUCUUCUUCGCUCUGGGUCUGGGUUUUGGAGGCGUCAUUGCAUUCUCCAGUUACAACAAAAUAGACAACAACUGCCACUUUGACGCCGUCCUCGUAUCCGUCAUAAAUUUUUUAACUUCAAUUUUGGCAACGCUGGUGGUGUUUGCUGUGCUGGGCUUCAAGGCCAACAUCAUGAAUGAAAAGUGUGUUGUUGAAAAUGGAGAAAAGAUCCUUGGAUACCUCAACUCCAACGUCUUGAGUCACGAUCUCAUCCCUCCUCAUGUGAACUUCUCCCAUCUCACCCCAUCAGACUACGCUGAGGUGUACAGUGUUAUCAAGACAGUAAAAGAGGACAGCUUUGGCCAGUUGGGUCUGGAGCCCUGUGUCCUGGAGGAUGAACUCAAUAAGGCAGUUCAGGGCACUGGCCUGGCCUUCAUCGCCUUCACAGAGGCCAUGACCCAUUUCCCAGCAUCCCCAUUCUGGUCUGUAAUGUUCUUUUUCAUGCUAAUCAAUCUUGGCUUGGGCAGCAUGAUUGGCACCAUGACUGGCAUCACCACACCCGUCCUUGACGCCUACAAAGUUCAGAAAGAGCUUUUGACAGUGUGCUGCUGCAUCGUGGCCUUCCUAUGUGGGCUUUUAUUUGUUCAACGUUCAGGAAACUAUUUUGUCACAAUGUUUGACGAUUACUCUGCUGGUCUUCCCCUAACUGUGGUAGUGAUCCUGGAAAAUGUCUCGGUUGCUUGGAUAUAUGGCACUAAAAGGUUCAUGCAAGACCUGGAGGACAUGUUGGGUUUUCGACCAUCUAUAAUGUAUUUCUAUAUGUGGAAGUAUGUCUCCCCUAUUUGUCUCAUCGUUCUCAUCUCAACCACUGUCAUAGAGAUGGCCAUCAGCCCACCGGGAUACAAUGCAUGGGUUCAAGAGCUGGCACAGGAACGCUUCCAAAGCUACCCUCUCUGGGCUCUUGCCAUGUGCUUCGCUCUCAUCGUAGUGGCCAUGCUUCCUCUCCCAAUAGUCUUCAUCCUGCGCCACUUCAACUUGAUGUCAGACGGCUCCAACAAGCUGUCCGUCUCCUACCGUAAAACCAUGAUGAAAGACAUCUCCAACCUAGAGGAGCAGGAUGAGGCUAGAUUCAUCCUCGGUGCCAAGCCAGGUGAUGCUCCAUUGUCGGGUGUAGCCCGCAAACCCUACGUUACCCCGGCAGGGAACAAAUCGUUGGAUCCUAACUGUCUGUCUCCAAAUGUCUGCUAUGGUACAAGCUACCAGAAUCCAGCAAUAAGCCCCACCACACCCACAACACCAACGACACCUCUGACACCUCUGACACCAGAGUCAGACUCUUAACCUUUCUCUUAUCAACAUGAAGUCCUCCACCAGUUCAGCUUUAAGCCUUUAUCCCGUUGAUAUUACAAAAACAUAUAAGGGUAACUAGAUUUUUCAAUGUUGUAUACAUACACAGGGUAAAACAAACCUAUCAAAAGCCCAACAUGAAGUAUACAUGAAAACAAAAAUCAUCUAGUAAUAUUGUAAUUAGUUUUAUGGAGGUGGUUCUGAUGUUCGUAUAAGGCUGCUCCAGGGACACACAAGACUGUUUCAAUCAGACCCAUGGUUAACCCCCUGCAGGACUUUAUGUAGCUAUCUUUGUUUAGUCUGUAAAUAUUACUGUACAGUGUAGUAAUACAAUCCUGUAGAUUUUACAACCUGGAGAUUUAAGAUUCCUGUUUAAAUUCUCAGUCAUCCCGGGUAAUGGCAGGCUUAAAUUGGAAGGCAACUGGACUUUAACUCAGUUUAUGAAGACACCUAUCCAGGAGUCUUUGUCUAUUCUUUUGGCUCACACCAAAGGAAUAUCUAGUUGGAGCGCUGAUGUAUUUAAGCAGCAUGGUGGUCCAUCCCCCUGCGCACAUUCCAAGUCAGAUGCAAAUCUAUUAACCACCCCUUGUUCUUCUGGAUUAUUUGAGCUUUUUGUUGUGCACUGGCUCUGUGAUUGGUCUUUUGAAUCAUGACUGGAGUGCUUAUAUAAUUUCUUUGAGACCAGUUCAAUGACUGAAUUGUAAAUGUUUGGAAGCUAAAACGCCUCUGUUCAGUGAUGGCUUUUCUCUUUUGAUAAAGAUGGCUUCCAGGACCCCCCUUUCAAACCAUCUGUCCUCUCUGUCCAAAGCCUAAACACUUUGGUCUUCAAAGGUGUGUCCUUUGUUCUUUAGGUGAAGGUGUACAGCUGAAUAUUGCCCAGAGCUGCUGGCUCUCCUAUGCUUUAUCAUUGUGUAGUUGUUGUUUGGUUUCUCCAAUAUAAGAGGCUGCACAGUCCAUACUGCACUGGAUCUCAUACACAACGCUGCUCAGCUUAGGUUUGGGUGUUUUGUCUUUAGGAUGAACCGGUUUUUGUCUGAGUGAAACUCACCAGUAUGUUUUGUUUCUAAAAAAAUGUUUUUGUUGAUUUAACAGAAGCCCAGUUUGGAUAACCACGUGCUUCCAGUGAUUCCCUAACACGUUUUUGUUCCUUUCAUUUCUCCUCUCUAAUUGAGGGAAUUUUGUCAACCCACUAACUCAGAGUUCUGAUUACAGAAAGUUUAUGUUCCAGUGGGUGAUGUGAGUCAAAAUGAAGGUAUUGGUCUGUAUGUGUAGGUUUCCGGUAGACAUCAGUAUUAAGACUUCCACUGUCCUCAAUAUUCACAGCACAGUCCAGAAAGGGCAACAUUUUAUUCUUGCAUCCUCUCUAGUGAACUUGAUAUUUCUGUCGACUGAGUUGAUGUGAUUGGAAAAUGAAUUUAACAGGAGAUUUAAGGAAGUAUUUUAUUCUCCAUCAAACUCAUGUUAAAUGUUCUGCAGAAGGGGAACAUUUUGGUUUCUAUACCAAAGAGUAAAAACAUUUAAAAAAAACUUGAAUUUAAGUAAAGAAUGUGAGACUUGAUGUGUUGGGUUGGAUUAAAACAGUAAUGUUUGUUCAUUUUAUUUCAAAAUCAUCCAACUGAAACAAAGGCUUAUUUUUAUUAUGUGUGAUGGAAGGCACAGUCUGCUCAGGCUAAUAUGGAGCCAGUCUGAGUUCUAGUUUGUUUUAUUGAUGCUACAAAAGCACAAAAGCGUAUUUCUACAAUUCAUGUGCACAAUUCUCUGAUUCCAACUGUUUUAUUAUUAUGAACUCAGGGCUCAGGAUUUACCUUUAUUAUCCAAAACAAUACUCUAAAAGAUGUGUAAUGAGUCGAAAAUGAAUUAAACCUUUGCUGUAGCAUCUUGAUUUCACUCCCUUGUCUUUUUUCCCUACUAAAUAAAUGUGAAAAAUAAGCACACUUAUUUAGUGGUGAAAAAAAGUGCCUGUCAGAAAAUAUAUUUUGAAGAUUUAAAAAAUUAGGCCACACUGGAUUGUUUUGGUACUAGUGGCCUUUAUUUAAAUUUUUAUUUAUUUA